AUGCCUGCAGUCAAGCAAGGCCUCGAGGCCGAGAAUCACCAGCGGGAUGCUGCUUUCAACCAGGUUCUGCACGGCUCCUCGGCGCAAGCAAAAGGCGGCAUCUCUGCUAUGUUCACGAAAGACCGCGAGGCGAAGAAGCUGGCGGUAGACGAGUACUUUAAGCACUUUGACAAUAAGAAGGCUGAGAACGAGACAAAGGAAGACCGCGAGCCUUUUUACCAAGCUAUUGCACGGCACGAGCACUACCUGGCCCACAAGAUUGGCAUCAACGAGGGCAUGAAGGUACUUGACGUCGGCUGUGGUGUUGGUGGUCCGGCACGCGAGAUUGCCAAGUUUACGGGUGCCCACGUCACGGGUCUGAACAACAACGACUACCAGAUCGAGCGCGCCACGCACUACGCGGUGAAGGAGAAGCUGUCUAACCAGCUGAAGUUUGUCAAGGGCGAUUUCAUGCAAAUGUCGUUUCCGGACAACUCGUUCGAUGCCGUUUAUGCCAUCGAGGCCACGGUCCACGCCCCCCGGCUUGAUGGCGUUUAUGGCGAGAUUUUCCGGGUCCUGAAGCCUGGUGGUGUUUUUGGCGUGUACGAGUGGCUGAUGACGGACGAUUAUGACAACGACAACGUGGAGCACCGCGACAUUCGGCUGGGUAUUGAGCUUGGCAACGGUAUUUCCAAUAUGUGCAAGAUCUCCGAGGGCCUGGAGGCGAUGAAGACCGUUGGGUUUGAAAUUCUGGAGCACGAGGAUCUGGCAGUGCGCGAUGACCCUCUGCCGUGGUACUGGCCUCUUUCGGGUGAGAUGAAGUAUCUGCAGACGUGGGGCGACCUGUUCACGAUCUUGCGCAUGACGCAUACGGCCCGUUUCUUCUUGCACGGCUUUACGGGUCUCCUGGAAAAGGUUGGCCUUGUUCCGGCUGGUACGCGGAAGACGGCUGAUGCGCUCGGCACCGGCGGUGACUGUCUUGUUGCGGGCGCGCGCGCGAAUCUUUUCACGCCGAUGUACCUAAUGGUCGGACGCAAGCCCGCAAACUGA